AUGGUAAUACAAAUGCAAAAAAGGAGGUCUUCUCAAUGGCGAUAUAAUUUUGAUGGUGAACAACAAAAUUAUCGUCUUUCUCAUGUUGAUGUUGUGAGAAUUAUCAAAGAAAGGUCUGAUGUCGAAAUGCUAGUUGCACAACCGAAGGACUUAGCACAUUUUCGGAAAUCCGCUGAUGUAAUUAGUGCUGCAGUUAAAGAUCCCAUAAAGUGCGAAACUUCAGAAGAGGACUUGAAUAAACUUACCAGCGCUGAGAAACAUUUGAUCAAAGCAGAUUUAGAUACAAUGCAUGAAAUUUAUCAACGUAAACGGAGUCUUCUAAAAGCGAAUGACUUAACAAAUCGCCUUCAGCACCAUGGAUUAGGCGGUGCUAAAAAUGGAGAGAGAACACCAGUAAACUACGGUUUUGCUAAUGUACUGAAAACAGAUACUUCUUCUUGA